AUGUUAGUUUUUAUAUUUUUAACUUUUCUACACAGCAUCAGAGCUUAUGGAGAGAGCGAUAAUUACAUAUUUGAAUACAAUCAUCCAAAGAACUGUAAGAGUAAUGAGUAUUUUGAUAUUAAGUCGUUUUCAUGUAUUGAGUGUGAUGAAAAAAGAAAUUUAGAGCCAUCAGAAAAUGGUGUUACAUGUGUAUGUAAUAAGUACAGUAAAAAAAUUGGUUUCGAAUACAAUUUGCCAAAAUGUGAAUUGUGCCCUGUAGGCACAGUUUUGACUUCCGAUAGAAAAAGCUGUAUUCCUUGUAGAAAAGUAGAUAAUCUUACCUGCAAUUGCGCCAUAAAUGAAAUUAGAGUUGAAAGGGAAAUAAAUGGAGACUUAUUAAAAGCAAUAAAAUGCAUACAAUGUUCUGAAAAUAGUUAUCCUUCAUCAGAUGGUUUAAGGUGUCUCUCUUGUAAUAAUGCUACCACAAGUAGUCAUGCAAAUUGUGCUUGUCCAAUCACUACUCAUGUUAGAAUAGAAGACUACUGUUUUCAUAAAAAUGAAAUAGAUUUAAUUGACAUACGAAAUACUUAUUUAGUGCAAUUUUCUAGUGAAAGUAUAGACAGUUAUUAUUUUAGAAAAGAAUUAAGACUUUCAGCUUAUUUAUGCAAAGAUGGAGAUAAUACAGCAUGUGAACACUUAUCAAAUAUGUGUGCUUUAACACUUUCUGACAAAAGUGUGCCAUGCAAAUUAUCUAAAACUCAACAAAAUCCUGAUUAUAUUUUAUGGAUGUUUUAUGAGGAGGAUGGAUAUCCAAUUGUUGCAAAUGAUAAAAUAAUUCCAGUCAAGUAUACCUUAGAUAAAAAUGAUGCUAACAAUCGUUUAAAUUUUACAAUUGCUACAUUUGCUUUGAAUGGUGAACUAAAGUAUAUUGAUACUCCAAAUUUGUUUUGUACUUUUUUGAAUGAUGUUCGAUUUGGAGUGAAUGUCAACAAACAAUGUAGAAUUUAUGCAAAGGAAUUGACUGCCAGAGAAAUACUUUUUUUCUUACCAUAUUUACAGUAUAAUGAAAAAGGAAAAGCUUUCCUAAGUACUUUGCCAGUUUUUAUUAAAAAUAAGGGAUGGCAGCCUUUAAAAAAAUUUUUCCUUAUUGAUAGUAUAUCAAGCUAUAGAGCUAUGCCAAAUUUAGUGGAUGAUUCUUUCAAAAAGGAUGAUGAGCUUUCCAUACUUAGAUAUAUGAAAUCAUUAGAAAUUUUAAUUAAAGUACAAAAUGAUCAUGAAGGAGGUCACAUUUAUUCACCACUAGUUAUUAUUGAAUAUGGAGAAUUGAAAAGGCAAGACAUUCAAGACAACAUACAAAUCAAAGUGGAUUACAAAGUUAUUUUCCUUCUAACAAAUAAGAAUGUAAAUAAUUCAAUAGAAAUAGCUAUAGGUGUCUUAUCAGGAUUUGCGUUAGCAUAUUCAGCUUUAAAAACUUGGAGUUACUGUAAAAGAAAUUACAACGGCGUGCUACGUCUUGGAGUAGUUGUAUGGUUUUUCAUCUAUUGUCUCGGAGCAAUUGGAAAUGUUCUUUUACUAGUUACAACUAGCGUUUGUGUUUACACUUUCAUUUUUUAUAAAGGACAAACAGUGCUUCAUAUUCUGCUGCCAACUGAUAGCGUCGAAACGAAGAUUUAUUCAUGCACUAUCAUAGCUUUUUGUUUCAAGAUCACUGAAAUCAGCGCAUUGAUCUACCGUCACCGCAAAAUUAACGUAUUCUUCAUCGACUGGGAACAGCCACGAACAAUUCAAAUACCAAUGCGCUACGAUUCACCACACACAUCUUUGAAAAAGCUCUACAACAAUCGUUUUGAGGAAGGCACGCGAACUCCAUUAUCCGCAAGGAGUAAAAAACGUUCCAACGACGAUAGUCAGGAAGAACACGAGGACGAUAAUAACAAAGCUGCAAUAGUUGAAAAUCACACGGAUUUCUAUGGGGUUAAUGAAGCCGAUAGAAUGGAAAAGAAUCAAUUGUUGCCUGUUAGCAUUUGGAGGACGUAUUUUGUCGCUAACGAGUGGUUUAAGAUUCAGACUAAAAGGAGAGUCAACGUUGCGUUACAGAUCAUUUUCACUCUUUUUAUGCUCGAAAUCGUAGGAUUGAAAUACUGGACCCAAGCGACACCAGAACUACAAGUCGAUCAAAGCGAAAGUCAUUCAUCUAACGAGAAAAACUUCACUCUGAGGUUCGGAGUUGGAGCUUUGGUUUACAUGUUCUGCUACUGCGUGCAAUGGAUGACUUCCGUGGUCUUCUACGAGAGAUACAUCAAGAAUAGGAUGCAACAUUUCGUUGACUUAUGUUCCGUGGCAAAUAUAAGCAUAUUUAUCUUUGCUUAUGAUUACUAUGGCUAUUACAUUCACGGAAGGUCGGUACACGGCUAUGCUGAUACGGAUUUGGAAACUUUAAUUGACGACUUAAAAAAAGAGGAAAAUAAUCUAUGUGCUCAUCGAGGUUUGAUUCCUGGUACGACGGAUCAAACAUUUAUCGUGUCGUUGUCUUCUUCAUUCCGAGAAAUUUAUCACAAGCUUUUGGAUUUACAAUCUACAGGCGAAAGUAGAUUCUCAAGGAGGAAUAUUUUAGGCUCAAUCAAUUGGGAAAAGAGCUUGCAAACUCAUUCAAAAAUAAAAAAGUUUUUAACGGCAUUUAUAGACCAUUGUUUUAAAGACUUGGACUACGUUAUCAAGGAUAGACUUUUGUUGGAGAAGCUGUGUGAUAUCGAAGUUGGACGAAAUGACGAUCAAUCAACUUUCUACAUUGAUAAAAAUAAUAGUUUUGAUCGAGUUAUCUUCUAUGGCAAUGAAUGGACUUUUGGAACCUUUGAAAUAGCUUUAUUUAUCUUUGUUCAAGCUUUAUCAGAAGACUAUAUACUCGCUUGUAUGGUGAACUUACUUAUUUCGCAGAUGAUAAUUACUAUCUGUAGAAUUAAUGGUAAAACGAAUUUAGCUAAGAAAACAUUAAUUGACGAGAGAUUUUUAAUGUAAACGUGAUGAAUGUAGAAUUGUGAAUUUAGUUUCCCUUGUUAAGAUUUUGAAUGAUAUUUUCGACUGUUUUCAUAAUUUUUUUAUAUAUUUUUGAUCCGUUAAGAGUCAAUACUAAUUAAUAUUCUCUCAGAUUUUAAACAUAUCCAGUAUACUUCUCUAUUCGAUAACAAGUAUCUGCAUGUUUUUCUUAUACUCAAUGUCAUUACUGUCAAGGUCUAAUUUUAAUAUCUUUUGUAAUUGUACUUAUAAAAUCUAAAUGUUAAUUUCCUUCUAAAUAUAUACUCUUUAACUUUCUACUUUGAUUAAAGACAAGCCUUGACUUGUUAAUUUUUUAAUAUAAUAGUUUUAUUAAAUUUGUAAUUCUCCUAUACAUUAAUAACUUAUAACUUUGAGUUUCAUUAUGAUACAUAAUUACUUGAUUACAUUUUAUCACC